AUGCGUCCCGAAGUCGAGCAGGAGCUUGCUCACACCCUUCUAAUCGAACUUCUUGCCUACCAAUUUGCGUCCCCGGUUCGGUGGAUUGAGACCCAAGAUGUCUUCCUCGCGGAGAAGACCGCCGAGCGCAUCGUCGAGAUUGGUCCCGCCGAGACCCUCGGUGUGAUGGCCAAGCGAACCCUAGCAUCCAAGUAUGAAGCUUACGACGCCGCGAAGUCCGUUCAACGUCAGAUUCUUUGCUACAACAAGGACGCAAAGGAAAUUUACUACGAUGUUGACCCUGUGGAGGAGGAGCCGGAACCCGCCGCUUCGUCUUCUACCCCCGCGGCCGCCGCCCCUGCUGCUGCGACUGCUGCUCCUAUUGCCGUUGCCGCCGCCCCUGCUCCAUCCGCAGGUCCCGCAGCCCAGGUGCCUGAUGCGCCAGUACAAGCUCUAGAUAUUGUGAGGGCCCUCAUUGCACAGAAGCUCAAGAAGCCCCUCCUAGAGGUGCCUCUGAACAAGGCGAUCAAGGAUCUAGUAGGAGGCAAGUCCACGCUUCAAAAUGAAAUUCUCGGAGACUUGGGCAAGGAGUUCGGUUCAACCCCUGAGAAGCCCGAGGAUACCCCACUAGACGAGCUAGGUGCGGCGAUGCAAGCUACAUUCGACGGCCAGCUCGGCAAGCAGUCCCAAGGCCUGAUCGCCAGGCUCAUCUCUUCGAAAAUGCCCGGUGGUUUCAACAUCACCGCAUCGCGCAAGUACCUCGAAACGCGCUGGGGUCUCGGUUCUGGCCGACAGGACGGCGCCCUACUACUCGCAUUAACAAUGGAGCCCGCGAGCCGUCUGGGAUCGGAGGCCGAUGCCAAGGCCUUCCUCGAUGAUGUGACCCAGAAGUACGCCGCGAACGCCGGUAUCAGUCUAUCCACAGCUGCCGCCGCCGGCCCGGCAGCGGGCGCCGGCCAAGGCAUGAUGAUGGACCCCGCUGCCAUCGAUGCGCUCACCAAGGACCAGAGGGCCCUCUUCAAGCAGCAGCUUGAGCUGUUUGCGAGGUACCUCAAGAUGGAUCUUCGAGCCGGUGAAAAGGCCCACCUCAACUCCCAACAAUCCGAGAAGGUCCUACAGGCCCAGCUCGACUUGUGGACCGCCGAGCAUGGCGACUUCUAUGCUGCUGGUAUCGAGCCUGUCUUCAGCUCCCUGAAAGCCCGUGUCUACGAUUCCGCCUGGAAUUGGGCAAGGCAGGAUGCCUUGAACAUGUAUUUCGAUAUCAUCUUUGGCAGGCUCAAGGUUGUGGACCGCGAGAUUGUGAGCCAGUGCAUCCGCAUCAUGAACCGAUCCAACCCCAAGCUUGUUGAGUUCAUGCAGUACCACAUGGAUAAUUGCCCAACUGACCGCGGCGAAACCUACAAGCUCGCGAAGGAACUGGGCCAACAGCUUAUUGAGAACUGCAAGGAAGUCUUGGAGGCUGCACCCGCCUACAAGGACGUGUCUGUCCCGACGGGUCCUCGCACUACUGUCGACGCCAAGGGCAACCUGAACUACGAAGAGGUCCCUCGUACCAGCUGCCGCAAGUUGGAGCAUUACGUCCAGCAGAUGAGCGAGGGUGGCAAGAUCUCCGAGUACGGUAACCGCACCAAGGUCCAAAACGAUUUGCAACGCAUGUACAAGCUCAUCAAGCAGCAGCACAAAUCUACCUUGACCAGCUCGCAGCUUGAGAUUAGGAAUCUGUACCGGGAUGUCUGCCGCUCGCUAGCCAUGAAUGAGAGCCAGAUUCUCCCCAAGGAGAACGGGUCGCCCGGUGCCAAGAAGCCUUCCGUAAAGGGGCCCACUCCCGGCAAGGGCAAGGUUGAGACCAUUCCCUUCCUCCAUCUCAAGCGCAAGAACCUCCACGGAUGGGAUUACAGCAAGCGACUUACCACGUUGUAUCUCAGCUGUCUCGAGAAGGGCGCUCGUGAUGGAAUUUCCUUCCAAGGCAAAUACGCCCUUAUGACGGGUGCCGGUGCCGGUUCCAUCGGCGCUGAGGUCCUUACUGGCCUCAUCAGCGGUGGCGCCAAGGUCGUUGUCACCACGAGCCGUUUCUCCCGUGAGGUCACUGAGUACUACCAGUCACUCUAUACCAAGUUCGGUUCUCGAGGCUCCCAACUUGUUGUUGUACCCUUCAACCAGGGUAGCAAGCAGGACGUUGAGGCUCUGGUCGACUAUGUUUACGACCCUAAGAACGGUCUUGGAUGGGAUCUGGACUACGUUAUUCCAUUCGCUGCUAUCUCUGAGAAUGGCCGCCAGAUCGACAACAUUGACUCAAGGUCAGAGUUGGCUCACCGUAUCAUGUUGACCAACCUGCUUCGUCUGUUGGGCUGUGUCAAGGCUCAAAAGGCUGAGCGUGGCUUCGAGACUCGCCCUGCCCAAGUUGUCCUGCCCCUCUCCCCGAACCACGGUACCUUCGGCAACGAUGGUCUUUACUCCGAGUCCAAGCUCGCCUUGGAGACCCUCUUCAACCGCUGGUACUCCGAGAGCUGGGCCCACUAUCUCACCAUCUGCGGCGCUGUUAUCGGAUGGACCCGUGGCACAGGCCUGAUGUCAGGAAAUAACGUGGUCGCUGAAGGCGUCGAGGCCUUUGGUGUCCGCACAUUCUCUCAGCAGGAAAUGGCCUUCAACCUCCUUGGUCUCAUGACCCCCACCGUUGUUGACCUCUGCCAAUCCGAGCCCGUCUUUGCUGACCUCAACGGUGGUCUUCAGUUCAUCCCCAACUUGAACGAGACUAUGACCAAGCUCCGAAAGGACAUCAUGGAGACCAGCGAGAUCCGCAAGGCCGUCAGCAAGGAGACUGCCAUCGAGAAUACCAUUGUUAACGGACCCGACUCCGAGGCUCUGUACAAGAAGAAGAUGAUCGAGCCUCGUGCCAACAUUAAGUUUGAGUUCCCUACCGCUCUUGACUGGAAGAAGGACAUCGCCCCUCUCAAUGACAAGCUCAAGGGCAUGGUCGACCUCGAGAAGGUUGUUGUCGUCACUGGUUUCGCCGAGGUUGGUCCCUGGGGUAACUCGCGCACUCGCUGGGAGAUGGAGGCCUAUGGCGAGUUCUCUCUCGAGGGUUGUGUUGAGAUGGCCUGGAUCAUGGGUCUCAUCAAGCAUCACAACGGACCCAUUAACCGCCGCCCCUACUCCGGCUGGGUUGACUCCAAGACUAAUACCCCCGUCGACGAGAAGGAUGUCAAGGCCAAGUAUGAGAAGUUUAUUCUCGAACACAGCGGCAUCCGUCUCAUCGAGCCUGAGCUCUUCGAAGGCUACGACCCCAACAAGAAGCAGCUUCUUCAUGAGGUCGUCAUCGAGCAAGAUCUCGACCCCUUCGAGGCGUCCAAGGAAACUGCCGAAGAGUUCAAGCGAGAGCAUGGAGAUAAGGUUGAGAUUUUCGAGAUUCCAGAGUCUGGAGAGUACACUGUUCGCCUAAAGAAGGGCGCUGCUCUCUGGAUCCCCAAAGCGCUCAGGUUCGACCGUCUCGUCGCUGGCCAGAUCCCCACCGGCUGGGAUGCCAAGCGCUAUGGUGUUCCCGACGACAUCAUCUCCCAGGUCGACCCCGUCGCCCUCUUUGUACUGGUCUCGACGGCCGAGGCCCUCCUCUCGUCUGGUGUCACCGACCCCUACGAGUUCUACAAGUAUGUUCACGUAUCGGAAGUUGGUAACUGUGUCGGUUCCGGUAUGGGUGGUGCUGCUGCGCUCCGUGGCAUGCACCGUGACAGGUACCUCGACAAGCCACUCCAGAACGACAUUCUUCAGGAGUCUUUCAUCAACACUAUGAGUGCCUGGGUUAACAUGUUGUUGCUUUCGUCUUCCGGCCCCAUCAAGACCCCCGUCGGUGCUUGCGCCACCGCUGUCGAGUCCGUGGACAUUGGUUACGAGACCAUCAUGGAGGGCAAGGCUCGCGUCUGUAUUGUCGGCGGUUUCGAUGACUUCGGUGAGGAGGGCUCGUACGAGUUCGCCAACAUGAAGGCCACCAGCAACGCCGUCGAUGAGUUCGCUCACGGCCGAACUCCUCAGGAGAUGUCUCGACCUACCACUACCACUCGUAACGGCUUUAUGGAGUCCCAGGGAUGUGGUGUGCAGAUCAUCAUGACCGCCAAGCUUGCUCUAGAGAUGGGUGUCCCCAUUUACAGUAUCCUUGCCUUGACCACCACUGCGUCUGACAAGAUCGGCCGUUCCGUUCCCGCCCCCGGCCAGGGUGUCCUUACUACUGCCCGCGAGCACGCCGGCAAGUUCCCCUCGCCUCUCCUCGAUAUCAACUACCGUCGUCGCCAGAUCGAGCGCCGCCGGAAGCAAAUCAAGCAAUGGAAGGAGUCCGAACUUGAGUUCCUGUAUGAUGAGAUUGAUGCUAUGAAGUCUCAAGGCGAGAAGUUCGACGAGAAGGAGUACCUUCAGGACCGUACGGCUCAUGUCGAGAAGGAGGCCGCCCGUCAAGAGAAGGAGAUGCUCAGGAGCCUGGGCAACAACUUCUGGAAGAGCGAUCCUUCCAUCGCGCCCCUCCGAGGUGCGCUGGCUACCUGGGGUCUCACUAUCGAUGAUCUCGGUGUUGCCUCCUUCCACGGUACAUCUACCAAGGCCAACGACAAGAACGAGUCCUCCGUCAUCUGCCAACAGCUCCGUCAUCUCGGCCGCUCCAAGGGUAAUGCCAUCAUGGGUGUCUUCCAGAAGUACCUUACUGGUCACCCCAAGGGCGCUGCUGGCGCCUGGAUGAUGAACGGCUGUCUUCAGGUCCUCAACACCGGCUUGGUGCCUGGCAACCGCAACGCGGACAACGUCGACUCCGUCAUGGAGCAGUACGACCUGAUUGUCUACCCCAGCCGUAGCAUCCAGACCGAUGGUAUCAAGGCCUUCUCUGUCACCUCCUUCGGUUUCGGCCAGAAGGGUGCUCAGGCCAUCGGUGUCCACCCCAAGUACCUCUUCGCCACCCUUGAUGAGCAGACCUACAAUGCUUACUACGCCAAGGUUGAGGCGCGCCAGAAGAAGGCGUACAGAUACUUCCACAACGGCUUGAUCCACAACAGCCUUUUCGUUGCCAAGUCCCACGCUCCUUACACCGACGAGCAGCUCAGCAAUGUUCUCCUCAACCCUGACGCCCGCGUUGCCGAGGACAAGAAGUCUUCCGAGCUCGUUUACCCCUCCAACUUCAUGGCUCUUUCCGAGAAGCCCGCCCCAUCUUCCGCCGUUAAGGCGACACAAACGAUGAUGGAGGCCCUCGCCAAGAAGGUCGUUGCCAAGAACUCCAAGAUCGGUGUUGACGUCGAGGACAUCUCGGCCAUCAACAUCGAGAACGAGACCUUCAUCUCGCGCAACUUCACCAAGGCCGAGAUCGACUACUGCCGCCAAGCCCCCAGCCCCCAGAGCUCUUUCGCGGGUCGCUGGAGCGCCAAGGAGGCCGUCUUCAAGUCCCUCGGUGUCCCUAGCCAGGGUGCCGGUGCCGCGCUCAAGGAUAUUGAGAUCGUGAGGAACGAUGACGGUGUUCCCUCUGUCAAGCUCCACGGUGAUGCUGCCACCGCCGCCAAGAAGGCCGGUAUCAAGGACGUCAGCGUCUCUAUCUCUCACUCAGACUCGCAGGCCAUGGCCGUCGCCGUCGCUUCGCUUUAA